AGUGAUGAUUAUAAAUUUCUCUUUGAUUUUGACAAGUUCACUGUAUUAUUUUUAGUCUUUUAAUAAGUGAUUUUUUUAGUUCUUUGACACAUUUUGAUCUUAUUUACCAACUCUUCCCCUUAAUUCCUGCCUGAUCCACCCUCACCUCGAUACCCCUCCAACUUCAUGCCCACUUUUUUGUGUGUAUUUUUAACUUAAUAGCUCACUGACUUCAAUUUGGACUCAGAGUCCAUGUACUUCUGAGUGUGGGACCAUCCAACUGCAGCACCUACCAGGAGUCACGCCCUUAAAGGAAACUGCAACUUCCUUCCCCAGAAGGCAUCAACUACCCAUAGCUCCUCAGCUAGUGGUGCUGCAAAUCUGGUCAAGAACUCAAGGUUGGGAGCUUGCGGACCCCAAGAACAAAUCCGCCAACUGUUAUUUUGAUACGUGGGCAUAUAAAGCUGCCCUAUAAAUUUGUAUCACCCUUCUCAUAGGUUAGUACAGCUCUCAGACCUCAUUAGAGAAGUUUCUUUAUUUGGUGGAUAGCGGUUAAUGCAGAAGCUCACUGCUGGUCAAAGUAGGAGUAACUGUGGAGUGCUUAGCCACAAAUGGUAUGUCUAUACCACAUGUCCUUUGCACGGCUCAGGGACCAUUGCAGAAAAAGGGAGAAGAAAGAUUACAGAAACUAGAGGCUGGGAAGGACAGGAGCAAACCAGUGUUUUUUUUGUAUAUAGCAAGACUGCUGGACUCAUGAACUCACAGUAGUUAUUGUUGCCUGUACACAACUUGCACAUGACCAAGCCAAUAUGGGAAAGGGAUAUAUGCCCUAAGAUUUCUCAGAGACUACAGACAGAGGACUCUCUGCUUUAACUGCAUUGGUCCAUAAGGGGUGAAUCACUUUUGCUCAUUUCUUAUUGGCCAAAGCUGGCACUUUGUUACUUUUGUCCUUAAAAGCAAAAAGCCAAACAGUUCUCUAGUUUUGUAAGCAUUGGAACACCUCUAGUCUACACACUGGAGUAGGCAAAAAUUUUUAAUGUGUCUAGUGAAACUUUGUCUUCAACUUUUUCUAUUGAGUGUUUUGUGCAUUUUGAAAACUAAUAUCAACAAAUAUCUUAGGUUAUAACAAACAUUGGUUCUCCUCUCUUCUAGGUAUUUAGGUAGCAUACUCACUAGCAACAUUUCAACACAAUCUUACAACUUAAAAAGGUUUCUUGGGUGCUUGCCAGAGUGAUGGAAAACACUCGGAGCAGGUGCAGGGGACCUUCUCUAUCCAGCAGUGACUGGGUAGACCAUCUAUCAGUGUCCAUCACCUGGAUUGCUGUUGCUGAUCUGGCUGGCUUGGAGGAUUUUCCAUUCUUCCUUUGUCGCUCCACAUCUCCUUUCCAAACCCCUCCCUGUAUCACAGAGAACACUCCCUACUUGCAGAAGUAGGAACACAACCAAACACAAGUUCUUUCUUUCACAGUGUGAAAGCUUGUCUUUAGCAAUGUGCUGAGAACAUGAAGAUGUCUAUUGAAACUUUGCCUUAUGCAGUGGCUAACCAGCUACUUCAUUAGAAUCAACAUUGCAGGUAGUAUGCAGGUAGUAUCACUGUUCUUGGAAAGAUUGCUUGGGGAGAGUUGGAGAAAAACUUGCACUUAGAGAUGAUUGGGGCCCCUGUGUCCUACCUGUUUAUUUUGGGCCUCUAUUCUAGACAGUAAACUGCAGAGUUGUUACUGCUAAGAUGAUUUCAACACCCAUCAUCUGCUUAGACAUUCAAGCCUCUUACGUCCUUGUCCCAUACUUACUGUCUGUCUCGUCUCAGGCCACUUGAUUGCACUUGUUCUGUUGGAGUCCACCAUGGAUGUUUAAUAUUUAAAGGCUGGGAUCGUUUUGCAGGUUUUAGUUUAAUGGUAACCAUAGCACGCAUGCACAUCCAUUAUUGAUAGACAUGGCACACUGCACAUCCUUGGGCAUCCUCUUUUCUUUCACUCUUAGUGUCACGGGAGAGCUACUGUCUCUGGAAUUCAGCUCUGUUGUUGUUGUGGCAAAGGGACGAACUGACAGCAGACCCAUAAUGGUGUGAACUGUUCAUGUGGGCGGAGGUGACCAUGUUAAAAAGAGAGACAAAGGCAGACAGUGACAGGCCACGGAAAGUCCGAUUUCGGAUUGCCUCAUCUCACAGUGGGAGAGUUCUGAAAGAAGUCUAUGAAGAUGGACAGCCACCGGGCUCUCUGGAUUCUGAAUGUGCCAGCGUCUGCGGAAUAGAUGGACUCAAAGAUGCUGAGGGACAGCAAAAUGGCCACAUUGGAUCAGAAGAUAAUGAACACGAGAGAGAUCAGGAUAACUUGUUGGUAUUAGCCAGGACAGCCAGUGAGAAGACUUUUGGUACAAGAAGAGUCAACAUUUUAAGCAAAAAUGGUACAGUCAGAGGCGUCAAAUACAAAGUGAGUGCUGGCCAAGCUCUGUUUAACAAUUUGACCAAAGUGUUACAGCAACCGUCAUCUGACCUGGAAUUUGACCGGGUGGUGAUUUAUACAACCUGCCUUCGUGUGGUGAGAACAACCUUUGAGAGAUGUGAGCUGGUUAGGAAGAUCUUCCAGAAUCAUCGAGUAAAAUUUGAAGAGAAAAACAUUGCUCUGAAUGGUGACUAUGGGAAAGAACUGGAUGAACGGUGCCGACGAGUGUCCGAAGCGCCUUCUCUCCCGGUUGUGUUCAUUGACGGCCAUUACCUUGGGGGUGCUGAGAAAAUUUUGUCAAUGAACGAGUCAGGAGAACUGCAAGACCUCUUAACCAAAAUCGAGAGAGUACAGCAUCCACACGAGUGUCCUUCCUGUGGAGGCUUUGGCUUCCUUCCAUGCUCCGUGUGCCAUGGAAGCAAGAUGUCAGUGUUUCGAAAUUGCUUUACGGAUGCUUUCAAAGCCCUGAAGUGUACAGCUUGCAACGAGAAUGGUCUUCAGCGCUGUAAGAGCUGUGCUGGCUAACGGGAGCUUCUGCCAGGAAAAGGCUCAUUUUAUUAAACAAAGGCUAAAAUUUGGUUUCUAAGCUUUUUUA